AUGAACAAGGAACUGGUGGCCCCAUCCCCCACCCCAGGCACAGACCUCUCCAUGGACAGGCCUGCAGGGCACCUGCUCAGUCACUGCGGGACAGGCUCUGACGAUGAGCACUGGUGCUCUCGACCAAGGAGUACACAGAUUGCUACAACCACGCCUCCUGAGUGUUCAAGCCUUAAACCCACUCCCAAGCUUGAAUCUGGUCAUUCCAUUUGUGGAACCGCACCGGGCAGGCCCCCUGGCCCGGCCAUCCGCGGGGAAGUUUUCAGGAGCACACAGUUGGGGGGGGAAUUCUCAACCACAGGCUCUGUAUCUGGCAGUCGCAGAUGGAAACCGAAACAGCGAGAAAAGCCGCCGGAGAGUUGGAGCACCGCGGAGUUCAGAAGUGGGCGGGUGUGUGUGUGUUUAAAAAAAAAAAAAAAGGUGGAAACCCCACCAAGCCAAGUCUGCAGAAAAACAAAUGAAGUGUGCCUAUCUCCGGCCUGGAGCCCCUCCCCUCGGCCCGCGCCCGGGGACCGUGACCCAGCGCCGCGCCCUCCCGGCCGCCGAGGGUCCGGAGCCCGCGCGCGCGCGCGACCCUCGCCGCCCGCCGCUGCGCCCGGGGCCGGCGCCUGCGACCCGUCGGCGAUGAGCAGCGGCAACGACACCUCGCAGCUCCCGCCCAACGAGGCGGACCCAGGGAUGGCGUUCUCCGUGACGGACAUUGCCAUCAUUGCAGGUGUGAUCGCUGCUGUGGCCUUCGUCCUGGUCUGCCUCCUCCUCGUCAUGUUACACUACAUGUACCGGCACAAGGGCACCUACCACACCAACGAGGCCAAGGGCACAGAGUUUGCCGAGAGCGCCGACGCAGCCCUGCAGGACGACGCUGGCCUCCAGGACGCCGGUGACAGCAGCAGGAAGGAGUACUUCAUCUGAGGGCCGCCGGUCUGCACCUCCCAGUGCCUCCUCCCACGGCAGGACAGACAAUGCACCCUACCAAUCACCACUGCCCUGCGUGACCCGCCCCACCAGGCAGACCUCUUCCCAAAACACAGACCUCAGGACUGUGGAUGCCAACCCAGGGCAGAGCAGGGAGGGCUCAAGCCAGGAAAGGCCUCUCCAAGGGGCACAGGGGCCGCUGUAGAGGCCAGCCUUUGCUCUGAAAAUCUGGCCAGCCAGGUGUCCCCAGGCAGUGCAGGAUGUCCUUCCUGGGUACACGUGGGGUGGGUGGGCAUGGGGAAAGCCAGGAAGUGAGACAUCCUUGCACUGACCUGAGUUAAUGGCAUCACUUGUCAGUCCUUGACAUUUGCAGGGAACAGCAGGUGCCGGAGUGCAGAGGUACCUUUGUACCCAUCGAUUCAGCUCAAAACGAUUGGAAAUAAAUUUGACAUGUAACCAAGCAUUCAGAGUCCAACAGCAUGAACUCUACGUGUUCUGGGGAAGAUAAAAGCCCCUCCCUCCCAGCACCACCAACCCACCCCCCACCCCUCACCGAGCCUGCUUUCCCCAGUGUGGUUGUGUGUUCUGUGGAGUGUGUGUUCUCCGGUGGUUCUCUGGCUGGCACAGGCAGGCAGAAGUGACUGGCAUCUUUUGCCCACACAGGCAGCAGCUGCAGGAAACAACCAUGAACAUGAAAUGGCCCUCUAGAAGCUGGGCGUCCCAGCAGUCAGGGAGGGCAGCGGCUGAAGCAUUGCCAUCCUGAUGUGCCAUCUUAAUUAUGAGGGAGUCCCCUCCUUCUCCAGUCCCAGGGACAACGACACCCAGUGCCAGGAGCACAGACCGCAGAGCCUCACUCCCUGGCUUGUUUCCGGCUCCCCUUUGUGGUCCUGGGACUGUGGGGCUACUUCUUACACCUCCCUGACCCCAAUUUCUCAUCGUUAUUCUGAAAUCCAGAAUGCUCCAAAUGGACACGAUGUCACAAGUGGAAAAUGUCACACCAGAGCUCACGUUACAGGUCACCAUCAAAAUGCAGGUGCACUUAAAAUAUUGUAUAGAGCUAGCAUGAGACUAUGGGUGUAAAAUGCCUGUGAAACAAAAGUGAAUUUAUGUUUAGACUUGGCUCUCACCCUGCCAAGAUACCUCAUUGUGUGUAUACAAAUAUCCCAAAAUCAAAAAAAAAAAAAUUCCAGAAUGUGAAACACUGUUGGUCCCAAGGAUUUCAGAUCAGGGAUAUUCAACCCAUAAUAAUUGUAUCACAGCACCAAGGGCUGGAACAAAUGGGACCGGUUCAGCCCUCUUGCAGUGUCAGUAAUUGGAGUUGGGUAGAUAGUAUGGAUGCCUUGGUUAAUGAAAAACCCUUGUUGCACCACUUCUGAAUGCUUUCUUAGCAGUAGCCACGAAUAACAGGAUGAGCUGAUUCACCACUCCCUUCCGGUGAGGCUGGCUGAGAUUCCCAGCUCUUUUAAUAACUGAGGGACCAGCAGUCCCAGGACUGUGCCUGGGUGCCAGGGUCCCCUCUGGAUCCCCGUCAGCCCUGAGUUAUGGAAGCUACACCAUCUCCCCCUGGGAGGGAGCAGGAAGGUCUCCUGUCACUCACUCUGGGAGGAUCACAGGACUCCAAGCUCAGUGAGCAAUGGCCACCAGCCACAGGUCCUCACGGGGACAGAGGCAGAGAGAGCUGGUGGAAGCUGGUGAUGGCAAGAGGCUACUCAAAGGCAGGACUUUUCCCUGGUGACCUGAGCUGGCUGUCCCUCCACCCUCUCGACUCCAAAAUGAAGGGCUGGGCAAUGGUAAGUCCCUUCUUAGCCCCAGAGGACAGAGUCCAGGAAUCCCAGCAGAUGCCUGACCACAGAGGGUACUGAAGCCUAUACGAGUUGUGGUGUGUUUGCCUGAUUUUCAUUACUUUUAAGUACUCGGGGAGUUUCAUGGGAAGGAAAAGAGUUACUUUCAGCUUUACAGUGUGGAGGCCCCAUUAGCCUGGUGCCUGGCAGAGCAGAGCUGGAGGAAAGAUCACGUGGUGAGCCAGGAAGCAGAGAGAAGCUAGGCCAAACUCGGCUUCAGUGCACAACAUCUCAUGAGAACCACAAAGUGACCUAAGGACCUCCCGCCAGAUGCCGCAAUCAGAUCAAAUCUCCUUUCUUCACCUGUCACCCCCUAACGUGAGAAUUCAGAGUCUACACAUCUGCUUGAGUUUGGGGAGCCAAGUUCUGCUCAACCCAUAAUAAGAGGACUUCAAAAAGUCUAUGGAAAGUGAAAUUAAACAAUAAGUUUAGUUUGAUAGGAAACUGUUUUGAAAUUCAUGCGUAGUUUUUGUAUAACGUGUGUUUUCCUUGAACUUUUUGAUAACUCAGAUAUAUGUACCACGUUUCUGUCCUAUAUACACAUGCUUGUGAUAAAGUUUAAUUUAUAAAUUAGGCAUGGUAAGAGAUUAGCAGCAAUAAUGGAGAGCAAAACAAUUGCCAAGACUACAACGUGGGGCCGGCACUGUGGCGUAGUAUGUUAAACCUCCACCUCCGGAGCUGGCAUCCCAUUUGGGCUUGAACCAGGACUUGGAUCACUACCCAUAAGGGAUGAGUUUGAGCCAGUUUGAGUCUCAGCUGCUCAACUUCUGAUCCAGCUCUCUGCUAAUAACCUGGGAAAGCAGUACAAGAUGGCCCAGAUGCUUGGGCCCCUGCACCUGCAUGGAGAGCUGGAAGAAGCUUCUACUCCUAGCUUUGGAUCACCCCAGCUCUGGUCGUUGCAGCCAUUUGGGGAGUGAACCAGAAGAUGGAAGACCUCUCUUCACUCUGUCUUUCCCUUUCUGUCUGUAAUUGUGCCUUUCAAAUAAAAAAAAAUUUUUAAAAAGGAUACAAUGCAAUAAAAGUUACUUAAAACUUUUCA